CCUGGACCGCGCGGCUCCGCAGGCGUUGGGGGCGAGGAACGCCUGGUGGCGGUUGGGUGGGUGCGGCUGCAGGUUCCACCUCCGCGCCGCGUCAGGCUGCGCGGGCUGGAGAAAGAGGAAAGAAAGGCGCGCGCCAGGAGAUCUGGGCACGGAGCGAGAUAUUGAGUGUGGGGUGGGGAAGCCCCAGAGAGUGUAGACAUGGACCCUGUGGCUGGAGCCUUGCUCAAGAUGCUAGCUCUUUUGUCUGCGCAGACCUGCAGCAAAGUGGUGGCGGGGAAUACUUACAACUGUAAUGCUCCACUGGCCUCUGCCUUGCCGAGGGUAUCCUUCAGUAGCUCUUCAGAGCUGUCCAGUAGCCAUGGCCCUGGCUUUGCAAGUCUAAAUCGGAGAGAUGGAGCUGGUGGCUGGACUCCACUUGUGUCAAAUAAAUACCAGUGGCUGCAGAUUGACCUCGGAGAGAGAAUGAAGGUCACGGCAGUGGCUACCCAGGGAGGAUAUGGGAGCUCUGACUGGGUGACCAGGUACCUUCUGAUGUUCAGUGACAGCGGGAGGAACUGGAAACAGUAUCGGCGAGAAGAAAGCUUCUGGGGCUUUCCAGGAAACACAAACUCAGACAGCGUGGUGCAUUACAGACUUCAGCCUCCCUUGGAAGCCAGGUUCUUGCGUUUCCUGCCUUUAGCCUGGAACUCCAAGGGCAGGAUUGGCAUGCGGAUUGAAGUGUAUGGAUGUGCAUACAGAUCUGAGAUGGUUAAUUUUGAUGGAAAAAGUUUCUUAUUGUACACAAUUAAUCAGAAAUCCAUCAGUUCAAUGAAGGAGAUCAUUACUUUGAAAUUUAAAACCAGGCAGAGUGAUGGGAUUCUACUCCACAGAGAAGGACAAAAUGGCAAACAUAUCACCCUGGAAUUAGUUAAAGGAAAACUCAUCUUGUUCUUUAAUUCAGGUGGUGCUAACCUGCCCUCCCUAGAUGCCCAGGUGACCCUCACCUUGGGCAGUCUGCUGGAUGACCAACACUGGCAUUCUGUCCUCAUUGAGGUCCUCAACACACACAUCAAUUUCACAGUGGACAAACAUACUCACCGUUUCCAGGCAGAGGGAGAGGCCAGCCUUUUAGAUCUUGGUUAUAAGAUCAGCUUUGGAGGGAUUCCUGGACUUGGAAAAUCAUUGGUGUUCCCACAUAAAAGCUUCAAUGGGUGUUUUGAAAAUCUCUUUUAUAAUGGAGUGGAUAUCAUUGAUUUGUCCAAGAAACACAAACCAGAGAUACUCAUCAUGGGAAAUAUGUCCUUCUCGUGUUCACAUCCUCAAACUGUCCCUGUGACUUUUCUGAGCUCAAGGAGUUAUUUGGCUCUGCCUCACCCCACUGGAGAGAACUCAGUAGCUGUCACUUUCCAAUUUCGAACGUGGAACCGAGCGGGGCUGUUGCUGAAAAGUCAGUUUCUACACUGGUCAGGGGCUCUUGUCCUUGUUCUUAGUGAUGGAAAACUCAAGCUGAGCCUCUGCCCACCUGGCCAGCCAGUGAGAGCCGUCAUAGCAGGUGAUGGAUUAAAUGAUGGUCAGUGGCAUUCUGUGUCCUUAUCUGCUAAUGGGAAUCAUUUGAGCCUGAAGGUGGACAAUGAUGCAUCCUCUGCUGCCCAUUCCCGGCGUGGGCAGAUUCAUUCUGCUAAUACCUAUUAUUUUGGGGGCUAUCCUGACAAUAGCUCUGGCUCUCAAUGUGAAAAUCCCCUGAGAGGGUUUCAGGGCUGCCUGAAGCUUAUCUCCAUUGGCGGUACAGUGGUGGAUCCCAUCUCAGUACAGCAGGGAGAAUUGGGAAACUUCAGGGACCUUCAGAUAGACUCCUGUGGCAUCACAGACAGGUGUUUGCCCAGCUAUUGUGAACAUGGGGGUGAAUGUUCCCAGUCCUGGGAUACCUUCUCCUGCGACUGCACUCACACUGGCUACGUGGGAGCCACCUGCCAUUCCUCUCUGUAUGAGCGAUCAUGUGAAGCUUACAAGCACAGAGGAAACUCUUCAGGCUUCUACUACAUAGACUCAGAUGGAAGUGGCCCUCUGGGACCAGCUCUUGUGUACUGCAACAUGACAGACUCUGCAUGGACUUCAGUGCAGCACAAUGGCUCCCACCUGGCCAGAGUCAAAAGCUCUCAUGGAGAAAGCCCACAGCCUGUGAUUUUCAAGUACAUGGCCAGCAUGGACCAACUCCAGGCCCUAAUUGACCAGGCAGACCACUGCCAACAGGAGCUAGCUUUCCACUGCAAGAAGUCAAGGCUUUCAGCUCACCUUGAUGGAACCCCAGUGAGCUGGUGGGUUGGAAGAACCAAUGAAACACACACUUACUGGGGAGGUUCUCUGCCUGAUGCUCAAAAGUGUACUUGUGGAUUAGAGGGGAACUGCAUUGAUUCUCAAUAUCACUGCAACUGUGAUGCUGACCAGGAUGAAUGGACCAGUGACACAGGAGUCCUUUCCCAUAAGGAGCACCUGCCAGUCACUCAGGUUAUGAUGACAGAUGCAGGCCGGCCACAAUCUGAAGCAGCUUAUACCCUGGGGCCUCUGCUCUGCCGAGGGGACAAUUCAUUUUGGAAUUCAGCUUCAUUCAAUACUGAGACUUCGUAUCUUCAUUUCCCUACAUUCCGUGGAGAGCUCAGUGCUGAUGUGUCUUUCUUUUUUAAGACAACAGCUUCUUCUGGGGUGUUUGUAGAGAACCUGGGUAUCACAGACUUUAUCAGACUAGAACUGCGCGCUCCCACAGAAGUGACCUUCUCCUUUGAUGUGGGGAAUGGUCCUUGUGAAGUCACAGUACAGUCACCCACUCCCUUUAAUGACAACCGAUGGCACCACGUGAAGGCAGAAAGAAAUGUUAAAGAAGCAUCUCUCCAAGUGGAUCAGCUCCCUCAAAAGUUUCAACCUGCCCCCACUGGUGGGCACCUCCUCUUGCAGCUCAACAGCCAGCUCUUCAUUGGUGGAACAGCCAGCAGGCAGAGGGGCUUUCUGGGGUGCAUUCGGUUUCUGCAGUUGAAUGGGAUAGCUCUGGACCUGGAGGGAAGAGCCAAGGUGACUCCAGGAGUCGAGGCAGGGUGUGCAGGACACUGCAGCAGCUAUGGACACUUGUGUCACAAUGGGGGGAGAUGUCAAGAACGGCACAGAGGAGUGGCUUGCGACUGUACAUCCUCUGCCUAUGAGGGCCCAUUCUGCUCACAUGAGAUUUCUGCCUAUUUUGGAGCUGGUUCCUCCAUAAUCUACAGUUUUCAAGAGCAUCACAAUUACACCUUCAAUGGAAACUCCAGCUCCUUAGCAGCUUUAUUUCAUGAGGAGCUAACACUAACCAGGGAAAUAGUCACCUUGAGCUUCCGAACCACGGGGACUCCCAGCCUGCUGCUGUUUGUGAGCUCUGUCUAUGAGGAGUACCUUUCAGUUAUCCUUGCCUCCAAUGGAAGUUUGCAGAUCAGGUAUAAGCUAGACAGACACAGAGAGCCAGAUGUUUUUAACUUUGAUUUUAAAAACCUGGCUGAUGGGCAACUUCACAAUGUGAAGAUUAACAGAGAAGCUGCAGUGGUCUUUGUAGAGGUUAACCAGAAUGCAAGGAGAAGAGCCACUCUGUCAUCAGGGAUGGAAUUCAAUGCUGUCAAAUCUCUUGUGUUGGGGAUGAUUUUAGAGCCCCCUGGUGCAGACCCGGAUACGCAGCGGGCGGCAGCGCGCGGCUUCACAGGCUGCCUGUCUGCUGUGCGCUUUAGCCACGCAGCCCCGCUGAAGGCGGCGCUGCGCCUUGGCGGACCUGUCCCGGUCACUGUUCAUGGUCAAGUGGCUGCUGGAUCCCGCUGCGCGGCGGGCGCAGGGCCUGGCUCCAGAGUGCGGGAACUCGCUCCCCGGCUCUCAGAUGGUUCAGGCUAUUCUGGACCAACUGAUGAGGGAGAGCCCUUAAUUAAUGCAGACAGAAGUGACUCUGCGGUCAUUGGAGGUGUGGUAGCAGUGGUGAUAUUUAUCUUGCUCUGUGUCACUGCCAUUGCUAUACGCAUUUGUCAACAGAGAUGGUUAUAUCAAAAGAAUGAAUCAGAUAUCUCAAAAGCUGGAGACAAUGCUGAGAUUGCUCUGAAAAGUGAACUCAACAUGCAAAAUACUGUCAGUGAAAGUCAGAAGGAGUACUUCUUCUGAUCAGUAGCUGUGGUUUACUUAUACUGUAACAAUAUGACUUACUUUCUAAGCCUAAAGCUCUCAUAAGUGAAAACCCAGCCCUGGGCCUCAAGGUCUGGGCAAUGGGCAUGCACCACUACCAACUCGCCCACCCCAGCUUCAGCCAGGGUGCCAGGAAUCUCUGCUCAGGGGCCCUCCGUGAUCUGUUUGUGUAGCAGUGACUUAAGUGCAGUCAUUAAUCACUGUGUGGCCCUUUCUGACUGUUCUGACCUGUUCUUCUAAAACUAAAAUGUUAUUUGCCUAAUGAUUUUAGGUUUUAAAUGCAAACAACAAUUUGAACUAUAGUCCUACUCUCUUAAAAAUGUGACAUGGAAAUUUAUAAAAGUCAAAGUUGGACUCUC